GCCAUCCUUGGCAUAUUGGUAAUAAACGACUGUGUUCUACUGAAAGCACACAAGGCUGAGGGUCGCGGAACACACUUACAUAAAACGCAUGCCAUUUUUAUGAGCUGCUUUUGCUUACUUUCCAUACUGUGAGCUUCUCUUACACACUGAUUAAAAUCUUCUACACGAUGGCAGAUGAGAAUAGGGGUACCUACUCUUUCUACUCCUCUGAAUCCGAGGAAGAUGAUGCCUCCACCAUGACUACUGAGCAGGAAGGCUUUCAUUCACAUACACCGUCUUUCCCCCGCCGGCUUCACCAGAAAUUCCAAUACACCCAUCUUCCGAAUUCGUCCUGGUUCUGGAAAGGCAAGGAUCUGUUCCAGCGAGUUCAAGACAAAGCCGGAAUUGACAAGGUUCCGCUACCGUUUGUUAAAGAGGAGAUUCAGCCCGGAAAGGAGUGGAUUAAAGGUGCUAUACUCUGUGCCUAUGGCACUGCGGCGAUUUUGGUAUUCAACAUGAUUUUGACUAUCAUCGCGAUUGGCAUUGGAUAUUCGAAACAAUCAGGCGACAAGUCUUUCACAUACGCUGAGCUUUAUGAAGGAGACUGCUCUGUGACCAGUGGCUGGGUUACCGGAAUGCAUGUGGUGAUUAACAUCCUCAGCAGUGCCUUAUUAGCUGCUAGCAAUUAUGUGAUGCAGUGUUUGAGCGCACCGUCACGGUCUGACGUCGAUAAGGCCCAUUCACGGCGUGACAAGCUGAAUAUUGGCGUUUUGAGCCUCAGGAACCUUUUGGUUAUGGACGCUAAGAGAAAGGUUCUCUGGGCCUUACUAUUUAUUAGUUCGUUGCCUAUCCAUAUGCUAUUUAACACGGCUAUCUUUUCAUCAAUAAGUUCUAAUGGGUACGGGAUUGCCGUUAUUCCAAAAGACCUGGGGGAAAAGGAAUCCCUUGUUGUGGACCAGUAUGAAGCCAGAUCUUUCCACGAUCUGAAUGGGGCUGGUGCAGAGACCAUACUUGCCGAACGCUUUAAUGGUACUUAUAAAAAGAUGAGCAUAUCUGAUUGCGCUAAAAGAUAUGAUGUGGAAUUCAACACAAAAGCAGGCACAGCUCUGCUGGUCACAGAAAGGAACAAUCUUCGCGGCUUUUCUUGCCUCGCCCCUAUCUUUGAUGAGGCAGCGGACAAGCGGUACUUCAGUUCACUCGGUCUACUACGCGAAAACCCACAAGUCAUGGCGCUAAAUUGGGACUAUCCAAAUUGGACUUUCAAUGAAAACGGCACCGACACUUGGGGAAGCCUGCAGAGUUUGUAUCCCGCCUUUUUCAAGACGGACGAUGUGGGAACGUACUCUAGUGUACAGGAUGAUAUUGAUACUCUUACCACCUUUAUCUUGCUGAACAAUCCUGGUAGUGAGCAGCUGCAAGACUUUCUGGGCACAGCUUCGAAUUGGCAGCAUGAUUCCCGGGUUGCCCAACUCUCGUUUCGCUCCGACGGCCGAUCAAGUGUGUACGAUAUAGCCUCCAGCAGUGAUCGCAUUCCGCAUAUUGCUAUAUCCGAAUGCUGGACCAAAGACGUCGACCAGCACUGCCAGUUUUAUUUUAGUCUACCGAUAUGCCUCGCGGUUAUCUUUUGCAACAUCGUCAAAGUGUGUUGUAUGUAUUUGGCGGCAAGAACAGAUCAUAAAGAGAUAUUCUUAACAGUUGGUGAUGCGCUCUCUUCUUUUUUGAACACGCCUGAUACAACAAAAAGAGUUUACGGCCCUAUGUCAAAAAGACGUAUAACCCAUGGGUUCCAUCCUCGACCGGAUUCCAAGUCGAAGAGAUGGCUGAAGGCUGCCAGCUGGACGCGCUGGACCGUCACUUCUAUAUUGUUUAUCGUUUGCCUUGCCGUAUCCAUUUUUCUAUAUAACCUGGCAAUACCUUCGUGGUCAGUUUCAGCUGCUCGAGAACUAGGAUUUGGGAAGCCAAACGGAUCUGCUAUCAUAUUCUCUGGCCAAAACCUCAUUCUCCUAGCACUCUUAGCCAACACGCCACAGAUCGUGUUUUCAGCAUUAUACCUUUUGUGUAAUGGCCUUUUUACAUGCAUGACUGCUGUGGCUGAAUACAAUAGCUAUGCGAUCCAACGAAAACCGCUUAGAGUGUCUUGGCCAAAGGGCGAGCAGCGAUCGACAUAUUACCUCAGUCUUGCGUACCGAUACAGUGUCCCUCUCAUUGCAGUAUCAUCAGCUAUGCAUUGGCUUCUCUCCCAGUGUAUAUUCCUUGUCAAGAUAAACGCCUACAACAUCUACGGACAGGAGUUUAAGGGUAGCGCAUAUUUGUCCGAUGAAAAUAUUACCGCAUGUGGCUACUCCCCUCUUGCCAUGUUCAUCACCAUUAUAGUGGGCAUAUCGACUUUUCUUGUCCUUACAGGCUUCAGUUUCCGACGUCUCCGGUCAAAUUUGCCGCUAGAUUCAUACUGCAGCAUUGCAAUUAGUGCAGUGUGUCAUCCCCCUCCCGGAGAUGAGAGCGCAUCAUUGAAGCCAGUCAUGUACGGGGAGGUGCUACAGGAUGAGGAAGACAACUCAGAUAUGGUCGAGGCCGGGUCUCAAGACGGUGUGAGCCACUACCCUUAUUGCACUUUCACAUCGAAGGAAGUGACUACUCCUAGGGUGCCUUCGCGAUUCUGUUGAUAUUGGCAUGAACUGCAGGGCGAUCGAUUCAUGUGAUUCAGUUUACGAUUUGGAAGUGUUAGUUAGCCUGUAUCGGUCUAGGAAUAGCAAUUUCAAAUCAACUGCCAGAAGACAUUUAAGGACCAUGAUCCAUGGUUACAACCGAAGCAGCGAAAUUGCAAGCCUUUGUGGGGGCAGUCUUUU